CUUCAGUCGAGCCUUAAGUCCGCACAGGAACGAAACCUAAAGUUGUGAAAACGGAAGUAUGUUUUAACUGUUGCUAAAAUGAAAUCUCCGUGUAUCCUCGCUCUAAUUUCUACAUUCAUUUGUUGCAAUUAUUCCUUUUCGGUUUACAAAAAGACAGAUCGCGAGAUUGCUGAAAGUGAAUCAGUGUUGGACCCGAACGGUGAAUUACUGUUGAAAUGGAGAAUCGAUUAUUCGAUUCGCAAAAUUCGUUUCCAAAUGAUCCUGUCUGAUAAAGCAAUGCCUUUAAACUGGUUUGCUUUAGGUUUUUCCGACAGAGGAGACCUAGAAAAUGCUGAUGUAUGUUUAGUAUGGACAGAUUAUAGACAACACGACCAUUUUGAGGAUAUGCAUUCUGAUAGUUAUGGCAAAUUAAUAAGAGACACCAAUCAAAACUGUGAUGCUUUUCAUGUCGAUGCAAAGUCACGAAUCAUAUCUUUUGAGCGUUCUUUCGAUACAUGCGACAACGAUGACUACAUUAUUGAGGAUGGCACUGUGCAUGUUAUAUGGGCUAGAGGUGUCGAUAAACUCUUUUCAUCACAGGGACUAUGUUUACCUUGUACGUCAGCCCAUGAUCGUGGUUUCAUUCGAGUACGAUUACUUACACCAGUAGGAGUAUAUAAUGAAAAAGCUAAAGAAUUGAAAAUCACGAACAAAAAUCUUAAAGUACCUGGUUCGGACACGACAUACUGGUGCAAGGUGGUAAAACUUCCCGAUUUUAUUACAUCUAAAGUCCACCAUAUUAUUAAGUUUGAAUCUACAAUAACGAAGGGCAACGAAGGUUUAGUCCACCAUAUGGAAGUGUUUUACUGUGAUGCAAACCCCGAGAGUGACAUUCCAAUGUAUGAGGGAAACUGCUUUGCAUCCGAUAGACCAGACUCUACAAGAUUAUGUUCAAAGGUGAAGGCAGCUUGGGCAAUGGGAGCACCGCCAUUUGUUUAUCCGAAGGAAGCAGGUUUACCUUUAGGUGGACCAGGUGCCAAUAAAUACGUCAUGUUAGAAGUACAUUACAACAAUCCUGAACUUAAAGAUGAUUGGGUAGACAGCUCUGGAAUUAUUUUGCACCUAACAUCUGACCGCAGAACUUACGAUGCAGCGAUUAUGGAGCUUGGUCUAGAAUAUACCGAUAAAAUGGCAAUACCGGCCGGGCAAGAAGCAUUCCCAUUAACAGGAUAUUGUGUACCUGAGUGCACUGGAGUUGGUCUGCCAAAACACGGUAUUAUUGUAUUUGGCAGUCAGCUUCACACUCACUUAACUGGAGUUGCUGUGUGGACGAGGCAUACUCGAAAUGGUGUGGAACUGCCCGUAUUGAACAAAGAUAUGCAUUAUUCUACGCAUUUUCAAGAAAUCAGAAUUUUGCAUCGACCCGUAAAGGUGCUACCCGGUGAUUAUUUGGAAACAACAUGCCUAUAUAACACAAUAGAUAAAGAGAAUGCUACAAUUGGUGGUCAUGCCAUAACGGAUGAAAUGUGUGUGAACUACCUGCAUUAUUAUCCAGCAACACAGCUUGAGGUGUGUAAGAGCGCGGUUUCUAAUGCUGCUUUAGAAAACUACUUCAGGUUCGAAAAGAGAUGGGAUAAUAUGCCUAUAUCGUACAAAGCAAGUCCUCGUGCAAAUUAUAUGUCCAUAAAGCCUUGGACACCAUUAAGAGCAAAAAGUUUGGAUAAUCUCUAUACAGAGUCGCCUAUUUCGAUGCAAUGCAAUAGAUCCGAUGGAAAUAGAUUUCAGGGUGACUGGGAAGGAAUACCCAUACCGAAAAUUAAAUUUCCAUUGCAGCCACAGUCUAGACAUUGCCAACUUACGUAGUUACAUUCGCUAAUAAAAAAACCAUUUUAAUUUUGUUAUGCCUUAAAAUGUGAAUGAUUCAUUG